AUGGAACUAGAGAAGAGAUAUCCGCGCAAGGUUGUACUCAGGAAUCGUAUGAAGAAAGUUUGGAAUAUAGAGAUAACUGAUACUGGAGAUUGUUGUUUUUUCAAGCAUGGUUGGACGAAAUUCGUAGAGGAUAACUCUUUCAUCAAUGGAGAUACAUUGGUUUUUAUCUAUGACCAUCCUGCUGUGUUCGACUUCUUCGUACUUGACUCAUCCGGCUGUGAAAAGAUAAUAAUUGAAGGUGAAGAAGCUCGAGUGAAGGGGUUGAAAAAUAAUAAUGGCAAUGAUGUUAAUUUUCAAGAUAAUGCUUUUUUGGUAGAGUUUGAUGUCAAUAUAGUCACUCAAGUUAAGAAAGACGAGGAUGAGAUGGAUGUAGAAGAAGAGAACAAUGAUGUUGGCUUUCAAUAUCAUACGUCACGUUCCAAGAGAAAAAGAAGCAUUACUGAACGUGGAUCUAAGAGAGCUGCUAGAGAGAAAAAAAGGGAUGCUAGUCCUAAAAAAGGGAAUGAUGGUCUUGGGAAAAAGGAUGCUAGGGCAAAGAAAAGGGAUGUUAGUAAAAAGAAAAAAAAUGUCAGUGUGAUAAAAAAGAGGGAUGUUCGUGAUCAUUUUGGAGUCGAGCUUUUUAGCUCAGGACGUUUCGCUCAACCUAAAAAUCCUUAUUUUGUGAUCAAAAUCAGGCCAAGAAGACCCAGUGAUCUGUAUAGAGAUUUACUUCUUUUUGUUCUUCAGUUGCACUUAAAAGCAUAG